UCCACAGGGAGCUGAUAUAAUACAUCAUCUACCUCUGAGCUUCUGGUUCUGGUACUUUGCAUGUUUCAGAGAGAGUAGCUUAUCUUCAAUAAAAUGAGAAUAUAUUGAGUUCGCAUACAAAGAUGAAGCAAUGAUCAUGCUGAGGAAUUUGAUUGAUGGACGAGUAUGCAGAGAUCGAGGCACAAAAACAUAGCGAGCAUUUAUUUCUCACUUACCAAUCCUACCUACACCUGUGAACUUGGAUUAGUACCAUUUAAUGCUCUUACCUUUUCAUUGAAUCUUUCUUCUAUUCUUCUCUCCCCAUCUCUCUCUCUCUCUACCAAAAUAUUCAAGAAGAAGGAACCUUUUUUGAAGGAUCACAAAGAGUUACUGCUCAUCUUGUUGUUUCAUUUUCUUCUGUUUGUUGAGAUGGAAGAAGAAAUGGCCUUGGUUUCUCAUUUAGGUCUUACAAUAUUUGCCUAAAAGAUGAUGGGUUUUUGUAUCAAGCUACUUUCUUUGUUGUGUCAUGGCGCCUACCAUCAGAAUUGAGCUCUGUUCUCUCAACCAAUCUAUGAAAAAAACCCAAGGGUGGCAUCAAUUUUGUCCAGUUGGGUCUAAUCAUGGUCUUUAGAGCAUCCAUUUUCUUGAUCAAAGUUGUGAUCUUGGCAUUCUUCAAGAGGGUUUCCUCUCUUGGCUCAAUGUCCUCCAUUGCUGUCUCUUAUGGUGAAAAUGGACCUGUCUUUUGUGCUAUAAGCUCAGAUGGCUCUCAUUCUGUGAACUGCUUCGGCGCCGAUAAUUCGAUAGUCUAUGGUGCUCCUUCAAGAAUCCCUCUGGUAGGACUAACUGCGGGUGAUAGCUUUGUUUGUGGUCUUCUCUUAGAUUCAAAGCAGCCCUAUUGUUGGGGAAGCAAUUUCUAUGUGAAAAUGGGUGUUCCUCAACCAAUGGUAGGAAAUGCUGUCUAUUCUUCCAUCAGUGCGGGCGACCACCAUUUAUGUGGACUAAGAAUACACAGCAAAGAAUUGCAUAAAGGAACUUCUAUAAUUGAUUGUUGGGGUUAUAAUAUGACUGCUUCACAUGAAUUUGGAGGUAGGGUUUCAUCGAUCACAGCCGGUUCAGUGUUCAACUGUGGCCUAUUUGAGCAUAGUUCAUCAGCAUUUUGCUUUGGGGAUGAAACCGGUAGCAAUGUCAUAAGCUUGACACCUAGAGGAUUGAAUUUUCGGUCAAUUUCAGCUGGAGGUUUUCAUGUUUGUGGGGUUUUGGAGAAUUUACAAGUGUUUUGUUGGGGAAGAAGUGUAGGAGGGAAUAGAGAUGAUAUCGAGCUUGUACCAAUGGAUCCAAUGCUUUCAGUUGUCGGAGGAAGGUUUCAUGCUUGCGCAAUUAAGCGCGUUGGUCAGGAAGUUGUUUGUUGGGGUUUACGACUUCCAAAUAGUCUGCCACCGCCGAGAGAAAUUAGGGUUUAUGAAAUGGCAGCCGGAGAUUAUUUUACUUGUGGGAUUACUGCCAAUAAAUCACUGAAACCACAAUGUUGGGGCACCGGUGGUCCUUGGUCAUUGCCUAUCGCAGUAUCUCCUGGAGUCUGCACUUCGAAUCCUUGCAGCCCUGGAUUCUUCGAAUUCAACCAAGAAAGCUUGGGUUAUCGAUUUUGCAAGCCCCCUAACGCUAGGGUUUGCUUGCCUUGUGGCAACAAUUCAGGUCCUAGUUGUCAGUUCAACUGCUCAAAGUGUAACUCACCUGAGUGCAUUUCAUCUUGUAGUUCAGGAAACAAGUCUAAGACUUUGAGGUUUGCACUUCAGCUACCAGUUUUCAUUGGAGAGAUUGUUUUCGCAGUCGCAUUGAUAUUUUCAGUUUCCUUGGUUGCUCGCCUUUAUGUUCGGUGUAAGUUGAGGAAAUGUCGGUGCAGUGGAAGUCAGUUAAUGAAUAGGACCAAUCGAACAUGUUCAUUCCAUAAGGAGUCUAUAAAAGCUCAGCCUGAUAUGGAGGAGCUCAAGAUUCAGAGAGCUCGAACUUUCACUUAUGAGGAGCUGGAAAAGGCUACGGGUGGUUUCAAAGAAGAAUCACAAAUAGGAAAGGGUAGCUUCUCGUGCGUCUUCAAAGGGGUUUUAAAGGACGGAACCGUUGUGGCAGUGAAGAGAUCAAUAGUGGUAUCAUCAGACGUGAAGAAGACUUCAAAGGAGUUCAGGACUGAACUGGACUUGCUCUCGAGGCUCAACCACGCACAUUUGCUGAACUUGCUUGGCUACUGUGAAGAAGGCGGAGAGAGGCUCUUAGUAUACGAGUUCAUGGCUCAUGGUUCUUUAUACCAACAUCUUCAUGGUAAAGAUCCGACCCUCAAACAACAAUUGGAUUGGGUACGGAGAGUCACAAUUGCUGUUCAAGCUGCAAGAGGACUUGAGUACUUACAUGGGUACGCUUGCCCACCUGUAAUUCAUCGAGACAUCAAAUCUUCGAACAUUCUAAUUGAUGAAGAGCACAAUGCUAGGGUUUCCGAUUUCGGUCUCUCUCUUUUAGGUCCAACAGGUAGUAGCUCCCCUUUAUCUGAACUCCCUGCAGGAACUCUUGGCUACCUUGAUCCGGAAUAUUACAGGCUUCACUAUCUCACAACAAAAUCCGAUGUCUAUAGCUUCGGGGUUCUCCUUUUGGAAAUUCUAAGUGGUAGAAAAGCGAUUGAUAUGCAAUUUGAAGAAGGCAAUAUAGUAGAAUGGGCAGUGCCACUUAUCAAAGCCGGGAACAUUUCAGCAAUUUUAGACCCCGCACCAAAAUCUCCUUCAGAUAUUGAAGCUAUUCAAAAGAUUGCAACUAUAGCGUGUAAAUGUGUGAGAAUGAGAGGCAAAGAUAGGCCUUCGAUGGAUAAAGUGACAACUGCAUUAGAGAGAGCUCUAGCUUUGUUAAUGGGCACUCCAUGUAAUGAUCAACCGAUAUUGCCUACUGAAGUGGUGCUUGGAAGCAGUAGAUUGCAUAACAAACCAACGUCACAAAGAUCCUCAAAUCAAUCCGUUUCUGAGAAUGAGACGAGUGAGUUAGAGGAUCAGAGGUUCGAGUAUAGAGCUCCUUCAUGGAUUACAUUUCCAAGUGUGACCUCUUCGUCCCAGAGGAGGAAAUCUUCGGUCUCUGAUGCUGAUGGAGAUGUGAAAAUUUCAGAAGGGAGGAAUUUGGGGAAUAUUAGUACUGUCGGAGAUAGUUUGAGAUGCUUGGAGGAAGAAAUUGGGCCUGCCUCUCCUCAGGAGGAUUUAUUCUUGCAACAUAACUUCUAAAGAUCGAAGGGUUACCUGCUUCUUUGAUAAUGGUCAUCUUUGGAUCGAUAUCAAGGUCAGAGAUGAAAACUAGUUUAACUUUCAAGUAUAUUUCUUGCCAUUUGUUUUUCAAGAAACCUGUUUUUAUUGACAUUGUUAACAACAUGCAGUCUGUCUCACCAUCCACCUUUGAUAUUGGGAUAUUUCCAUAGAAAUGUGAAAAGGAACUUGUAUUUGAGAGAAGAUAGUGAUUGUUUCUUUACGUUAGCACAAAUCAAA